UAAAAUUUUUUUGUCUAGUAAUGACAAUCUCUUUUGCUUUUCUUGAAAAAUAUCUAAAUUUUUUGUAACAAUAUUAAGUAUUUCGCUAUGUCGUUAAACAAAACCAUUUUUGAUGCACUGGUUAACCAACUACUUGGAAUGGUACUAGUGUUCCCAGUUUCCUUAAUGGAUAAGGAUGGUAAAAUAGUUAAGGAAUCGAGGGCAUUUGAGGUUGGCAAGAUGGUUAAAGAUCGUACAGCAGGGACGACCGAUAAGACAGUAAUGGACAAUAAGGAAAGGCCGAAAGACAAAGCAGUUAACGACGAGAAGAUAGUCAAGGAUGGAAAGACAGUGAAGGAUAGAAAGACAGUGAAGGAUGUGAAGAUAGUUAAGGAUGGGACGACAGUGAAGGAUGGGACGACAGUGAAUGAUGGGACGACAGUGAAUGAUGGCAAGAUAGUUAAAGAUGUAAGAGUAAUCAAAGUUAAUAAGCAAGUACAGAAAACUGAAAAACCCAAAAAAGACUUAAUAACUAAUAACAGCAAUGUGUCAUUGCUCGUAAAAGAAGAUGAUAGCAAUACCGAUUUAAACGUUUUGCAAGCCAUACGUAACACACAACAACAUCUAAUGACUCUUGUUGAACAUACAGUUCAACUGGAAGCGAAGUUUAAGCAAACAGCACAAAGCAGCAGUUCGAAAAAAGAAGAACCUGCAUUGAAUUUACCAAACUCUGUAGCGAAUUCGGAAAAACCUGCAGUCGCACAAAUUACACAAAACUGCAAUUUGAUUAAAAAAGAUCCUUUGUCGUAUUCUCGAAAACUUGUACCGAAUGCCGAAAAAGCUACACCUACGAAAACAACACAAAACCCCACUUCGAUCAAAGAAAAUCAUGUGUUAAAUUUACCAUGUGCUGUGCCGAGCCCAGAGAAUCCCACACAAGUAACACAAAGUUGCAGUUCGCCAAAAGAAGAUCCUGUAUCGUGUUCACCAAACUCUGUACCGAAUCCAGAAAAUCAUAUGUCCAUUCUUGAAAAACCGUUUCCAGAUAUGAAUGACUAUAAGGUGACCAUUAUAACGAAACGUAGUAAUGAAAUUUUAAUCAAAUUUUACCGUAAUUUACAAAAACAUAAACCAAACGUUUGUUUCCGCAAAGAACGACAUAAAACAAAAAUGGCAAGUAAAUUUCCUACAAUACAGAAGAUGAAUGAAAAUAGGGUCCGUCGUACCCAAAUGGCUCGUGAGAAAUCUAUUUCGUUAAAUCAUGGAAUGCGAAUUAAAUACUUUUCAACCGAAAACCUAUAUGGAAUAUCAUUGACAACAUCACAAUUUAAGACGGGUUCGAGUGGUGUUGGAUCAUACCCUUCUUUUAAACUUGGACCAACACAUGUUAAACUCGAGUCUCCUGAAAGUUUUACUAAACUGAACUCUGGUAUACCAUCCACAUAUUAUUUCUCACCUUUCGUUAAGAAACAAUCUGUUAACAGCGUUUCACUGCCUGACAAGAAACAACCUCGUUUCCCAGAAGAAGAAUGGCGAAAACAGAAAAAUCGCAAAUUGCGACCAUCGUUGAUUAACGCAGAUGAUAUCGAGAUGGAGUAAUUAUUAUCUUGAAUGUAUAUUUAUAGUAUAGUAGACAAUAAUUUGGAGGUCUUAUGGAAUAAAUACAAUAUUAAAGUCAAGCAAACAAAUUAUAUUUUUUUACAUGAUGUAUUGAUUGAAAUAAUGCUCGAAGAAGAUCCAAAUUUGGAACUAAAGUACUUAGAUGUAAAGUUAAAGAAAAAAUGAAACGUAAAAUUUGUCUUAAUUUGGGACUUAUAUCUUUAGUUACCGGAUUUUCCACAUGAAAACGAUAGAAAUAUGAUAGGUGAAUCGUUGGAUGAAGACAUUUCGUCUUCAACUAAAAAAAUUAACAAAAAAAUUAAAUUAAUAAAUUUAAUACG